CCGGCCUUGGAGCCCCCAGCGUCUCCCCUUUGCUCGCCGCCCCCUGAGAGCCAAAGCCAGCCUCUCAUCAGCUCCGCCUUCACAGCAUCGAGUCCCAGGGGCUGCCCUUUGGGCCUGACAUCUCGAUCUUGCCUUCACACCCAGUCCAACGCCUUCCGUCUGGUGCCCCCGUCCUGGGCCAUGGCCCAGAGUGCGGGGCUGAGAGCUGAGCGACUGGAAACGGUGGUCCUUGUGCUUCUGUUGGGAUCGGUCUUGCUCUGGACGGGAGCUGAUGGGGCUGAAGCUGCCUGUGGUGUCGUUCCCCAGGCCCGCAUUACUGGUGGCAGCAGUGCGGCCGCCGGUCAGUGGCCCUGGCAGGUCAGCGUUAUCUACGAUGGCAUCCAUGUGUGCGGUGGCUCUCUCGUGUCUGACCAGUGGGUGCUGUCAGCUGCUCAUUGCUUCCCAAGAGAACAUAGGAAGGAAGACUAUGAGAUCAAACUGGGGGCCCACCAGCUGGAUGCCCUCACCCCAGCAACAUACCAGGUCCUCCAGGUGGCCCAGAUCAUCUCCCACCCCAGCUACCGAGAUGAGGGCUCCCAAGGCGACAUUGCACUCGUCAAACUGGCCAGGCGGGUCACUUUCACCCGAUACAUCCGGCCUGUCUGCCUUCCUGCAGCUAAUGCCUCCUUCCCCAACGGCCUCCGCUGUACUGUCACUGGAUGGGGCCAUGUGGCCCCCUCAGUGAGCCUUAGUGCCCCCAGGACACUACAGCAACUUGAGGUUCCACUCAUUAGUCGUAGAACAUGCAACUGCCUCUACAACAUCAGAGCCAAGCCCGAGGAGCCCCAUUUUAUCCAGCAGGACAUGAUGUGUGCCGGCUAUGUGCAGGGGGGCAAAGAUGCCUGCCAGGGUGAUUCUGGGGGCCCACUCUCCUGUCCUAUGGGAGGCCUCUGGUACCUCGCAGGCAUUGUGAGCUGGGGUGAUGCCUGUGGAGCCCCCAACCGGCCAGGUGUAUACACUCUGACCUCCAGCUAUGCCUCCUGGAUUCACCACCAUGUGGCGGAGCUCCAGCCUAGAGUGCUGUCUAAAAUACAGGACGACUUCCAGCCUGAUGACCACCUCUGUAAGAACUCUCCAGCCUUCAAUUCUGUCCCAGCCCAGGCCUGGUGGGGGCCCAUCCUUCUGCUACCACUAGGUCUGACCCUGGGCCUCAACCUUCCGGGGCACCAGCAUUGAGGCCCUCUGCAGCAACACAUCUCAUCAAAAGCUGAGACUGUUCCCAAGAGAGGACUAGGCCAUGCUUUGGAUUCCUGGGACCUCAGAGCUUCUCCUUCCUCCCAGAACCCAAGAGGGAGUCCAAGACACAGUCCUGGCCCACUCUUCUGGGUUUGUUCUGUGGACUAUAGACUUGACUGCCUGUGGUAUGGCCAGAAUCUCUGACCACUUCCACUUGCUCCCCAUUGCCUACUGAAUGGGCUCCUAUGGAGCCCUGAGGAGCCCUAGCAAUGGAAACUAGCCCCAACUCCCACUUGACGGGCAGCUGCUUGAAGGACACUUGCUUGAGGAACCCCAUUCCUUGUCCUCUUCCUGUCUUCUGGGUUUAAGCAGCAAGUCUUCAGGGAUAAAAAGUUUGCCCUAAUCUUGCCCUUCAGCAGCCAUUCCCCCACCAUCACCAUCACCACACACCAUGAACCCUGAUUUUCGGACUCCGGAGGACUGAGCCCCCACCGGAACUGGGCUUGGUUUGGCUCUGGGU